AUGACCACUCCUCUCCCUUGUCUCCUCCUCUUCAUUAUGAUCUUCAACAUCUCUACCACAAUUGUCGUUGCUGAUCUUGUCCAAAAAACUUGUAAAAAAUGUGAAACCGACGAUCCAAACGUCAACUACAACUUCUGCAUUUCAUCUUUCCGUGCUCACUCAGGAAGCGAUUCGACCGAUCUUCGUAAACUCGGUGCUAUCUCAUUGAGUUUGAUUCAAAAGAAUUUAAGCAGCUCAUUAGAGUAUGUGGAAAAGCUAUUACAAAACAAAGAAAUAGACUCUUAUAGAAGGGUUCGUUUAAAUGAUUGUCUAGAUGUCUAUUCGGAUGCCAUUGUUAAUGUGGAAGAAGGAAAGAAAGCAUAUAAAGAAAAACAUUACGAUGAUGCUAACAUCAAAGUGAGCUCAGUGAUGGAUGCUGCUAGAGUUUGUGAAGAUGGGUUUAGGGAAAAAGAAGGUGUCUCCUCUCCAUUGACAAAGUGGAAUAAGGACUUGUUUCAAUUGGCUGCCAUAGCUCUUUCAAUCGUCAAUAUGUACCCAUAA